GCGGGUCGACCAAUCAGCGUGGCAUGUUGUGGUGACGCGUAUCUCUGGCUGGCUGGCGCGGCCCCUCGCGUGCAGUGCUCAGUGGGAGCGCGAGACGGACGGGUUCAUUCGCUGCCUACGAAGGAGGAGAGGAUGCCUGCGGAUUUGAUGGGAGCCGCCGACGAACUGGCAGACCAGGUAACAGCCAGCCGCCAGCCCCGCUUCAUUCAGUAGCCCGUGACAAAGGGCGUCUUGGCAAAUGCUCAGUGAGGUCUCCGCUGUUGGAGAAAUGGUACAGUCCGCGAUUCGCUGCGCUCCCCUUUGUCAGGCGUUGGUUUUUCCCUCUGGUUAAUGAUUGCGAAAGAGAAACGGAAGAAACCAAGUGGCUGGCGGGGGGUCAAUUACCUUUAAUUAUCAAGCACUGAUUAAAAAGAUAUCACUCUACAGGGGGACUGGCCCUUUAACACAUUAUACCUGUCACUGCACUCUACAGGGGGACUGGCCCUUUAACACAUUAUACCUGUCACUGCAUUCUACAGGGGGCUGGCCCUUUAACACAUUAUACCUGUCACUGCACUCUACAGGGGGCUGGCCCUUUAACACAUUAUACCUGUCACUGCACUCUACAGGGGGCUGGCCCUUUAACACAUUAUACCUGUCACUGCACUCUACAGGGGGCCGGCCCUUUAACACAUUAUACCUGUCACUGCACUCUACAGGGGGACUGGCCCUUUAACACAUUAUACCUGUCACUGCACUCUACAGGGGGGCUGGCCCUUUAACACAUUAUACCUGUCACUGCACUCUACAGGGGGACUGGCCCUUUAACACAUUAUACCUGUCACUGCAUUCUACAGGGGGGCUGGCCCUUUAACACAUUAUACCUGUCACUGCAUUCUACAGGGGGGCUGGCCCUUUAACACAUUAUACCUGUCACUGCAUUCUACAGGGGGGCUGGCCCUUUAACACAUUAUACCUGUCACUGCACUCUACAGGGGGACUGGCCCUUUAACACAUUAUACCUGUCACUGCAUUCUACAGGGGGGCUGGCCCUUUAACACUACCUGCUGCAGGGGGGCUGGCCCUUUAACACAUUAUACCUGUCACUGCACUCUACAGGGGGACUGGCCCUUUAACACAUUAUACCUGUCACUGCAUUCUACAGGGGGGCUGGCCCUUUAACACAUUAUACCUGUCACUGCAUUCUACAGGGGGGCUGGCCCUUUAACACAUUAUACCUGUCACUGCACUCUACAGGGCUGGCCCUUUAACACAUUAUACCUGUCACUCUGCAGGGGGACUGGCCCUUUAACACAUUAUACCUGUCACUGCAGGGGGACUCUAACACACCUGGGGGGACUGGCCCUUUAACACACACUUCCUGUACACAUUAUACCUGUCACUGCACUCUACAGGGGGACUGGCCCUUUAACACAUUAUACCUGUCACUGCAUUCUACAGGGGGACUGGCCCUGUCACUGCACUCUACAGGGGUACCGACCCUUUAACACAUUAUACCUGUCACUGCACUCUACAGGGGGGCUGGCCCUUUAACACAUUAUACCUGUCACUGCACUCUACAGGGGGACUGGCCCUUUAACACAUUAUACCUGUCACUGCAUUCUACAGGGGGGCUGGCCCUUUAACACAUUAUACCUGUCACUGCAUUCUACACUGGCCCUUUAACACAUUAUACCUGUCACUGCACUCUACAGGGGGUCACUGCACUCUGGCCCUUUAACACAUUAUACCUGUCACUGCACUCUACAGGGGGACUGGCCCUUUAACACAUUAUACCUGUCACUGCACUCUACAGGGGGGCUGGCCCUUUAACACAUUAUACCUGUCACUGCACUCUACAGGGGGACUGGCCCUUUAACACAUUAUACCUGUCACUGCACUGGCCCUUUAACACAUACCUGUCACUGCAUUCUACAGGGGGACUGGCCCUUUAACACAUUAUACCUGUCACUGCAUUCUACAGGGGGCUGGCCCUUUAACACAUUACUGUCACUGCACUCUACAGGGGGACCCUUUAACACAUUAUACCUGUCACUUCUACAGGGGGGCUGGCCCUUUAACACAUUAUACCUGUCACUGCAUUCUACAGGGGGGCUGGCCCUUUAACACAUUAUACCUGUCACUGCAUUCUACAGGGGGGCUGGCCCUUUAACACAUUAUACCUGUCACUGCACUCUACAGGGGGACUGGCCCUUUAACACAUUAUACCUGUCACUGCACUCUACAGGGGGGCUGGCCCUUUAACACAUUAUACCUGUCACUGCACUCUACAGGGGGACUGGCCCUUUAACACAUUAUACCUGUCACUGCAUUCUACAGGGGGGCUGGCCCUUUAACACAUUAUACCUGUCACUGCAUUCUACAGGGGGGCUGGCCCUUUAACACAUUAUACCUGUCACUGCAUUCUACAGGGGGGCUGGCCCUUUAACACAUUAUACCUGUCACUGCAUUCUACAGGGGGGCUGGCCCUUUAACACAUUAUACCUGUCACUGCAUUCUACAGGGGGGCUGGCCCUUUAACACAUUAUACCUGUCACUGCACUCUACAGGGGGACUGGCCCUUUAACACAUUAUACCUGUCACUGGACUCUACAGGGGGGCUGGCCCUUUAACACAUUAUACCUGUCACUGCACUCUACAGGGGGACUGGCCCUUUAACACAUUAUACCUGUCACUGCAUUCUACAGGGGGGCUGGCCCUUUAACACAUUAUACCUGUCACUGCAUUCUACAGGGGGGCUGGCCCUUUAACACAUUAUACCUGUCACUGCAUUCUGCAGGGGGACUGGCCCUUUAACACAUUAUACCUGUCACUGCACUCUACAGGGGGACUGGCCCUUUAACACAUUAAACAUGUCACUGUGCUUUCUUGUGGGACUGACUUAGUAACUCAUGUGUAAUGGGUUUAUGGUCUAACUCUAUGGAUAGCACAGCAACCUGUUUAAUGUCACUGCAUUGCCCAAUGGUACUUAACGUUUAACCUAUUUAACAUAUCCCUCAUCAGUUCAGGAUUUAGAGAUUACCCAGUUGUGUCGUUUUUUUUUCUUUUCUUUUCUUCUAAAGACACCUUAGGCACAACUGGGUCUAAAUCCUAGACUGGUAGGGGGGCGUGUGGACUGGUUUGGUAACCCAUUAAACAUGUCUCCGCACUGCCCAGCGGGAAUGCCAUAGUAACCCAUUAAACAUGUCACCGCACUGUCCAGCGGGAAUGCCAUAGUAACCCAUUAAACAUGUCACCGCACUGCCCAGCGGGAAUGCCAUAGUAACCCAUUAAACAUGUCACCGCACUGCCCAGAGGGAAUGACAUAGUGACCCAUUAAACAUGUCGUGGUGUCUGCAUGGUUUGACCAUUUAACUCCUUAAAUAAUUCUCCUGCAAUAAAAACAAUAUUUAAUUUCAUUGUUUGGAAUGUUCCUUUGACCCUUUACGGUAAGGUAAUACUACUUACCUCUCUCACUUCUGUUACCCUCCACCUCCAGGACACUGUCAGUGACCGCAGUCUCCCUACCUGCCUGUAUGAAAUUGGCGCAUGAACAUCAAUAAAUGCCGCAAUAGCCCUAUAGAAUACGUCUCCUAGAGAAGUAUUAAAAUAAUGCAUCCGUAUGUUAGCUCUUGCUUCCACAAACGUUCAUGAAGUGUGAGCCAUGCACAUGCAUGAGAUUAACCCCUCAGCAGCUGGCAGAGUAACUCCACCUCUAGGAGCAUCGUAUGGGUGUCCUCAGUCAGCCCCGGGUUGCGAAUGACAAUUAUGUGCAACUUUGAUUGCACAGGGUGAUGGUCAUUGUCUGAGAGCAGUCAUCAAGACUUUUGAUCUAAGACGAGAAGUUGGGGCUGGCCCGUAGAGAGCACCGGAGUAGAUCAAUUUUUUUUUUUUUUUACUCUUUACGUGGAGGGCCAACCACCUAAAUAGUGAGCAGGAUAUUAUGAUAUAGAAAUUUUAUAACGGAUCAAUCAUCCAAGAGAUAACCAGGGGCUCCUAAUUAGGUGUUUGAGCGCUCGGGAGAAACGAUAAUAAAACCACAGACUUACUUCGUUGUAGUUCAAAAAUCAAUCUCAGUAUUUAAUGGGAGAGCAUUGUGUAUAUAAAAUGGCUUUUAACCCCUCCAGAUGUGGAAGGACUUGACUAAGGCUUUAACCAUUUAUUUACCGUUAUCUAUGACAAUUGUAGUGUUAAAAAUACAUGUUUGUUUUCAUAACACUAUAGUGUUCCUUUAAAUUUCGGUACUACUGCCUGAUUCUUAUGGAAAAACCUGCAUUACCCCAUCAUACAAAGAAAAUACACCUCCACAGACUUCAUAUGUCCAUGGUGACAUGAUUAUUCGUUGGUACUCCAGGCAUGUUCAUGUGUCUAGACAAAUGCCAUAAGAGUGCGUGCGUGAUUGGGCAUUUCCAAAGAGUCUAUACUGCCGAGCAGUGCUUAACUAAUUUACACAGCGUAUUUUGAUGUUACCUAACCCUCCUCACACGUGGGUUACUGUGCUAUGUAAAUUGUAUUGUGAGUACCCCUGUAUUCAGUGCUCCCUUCUUUAUAGCACUUCUAGCUUUUGUAAUUCUACACCAUUUCCAUUAGACUCCCUAAUCGUUUGUGCCUAGCUUCUUUUACCAAUUUUAUCACGUACUUACUGUGAAUCACUGCAGAAUAUUUUUACUUUGGAACUUUGUAAAUUAAGAUCAAGAAAUAAGACCUGGAAACUUGUUGUACUGGACUUGUGAAGCAAGCCACUAAAAGCUAUAUUUAUUGAUUUGUGUAUAUUGUACGGUUUUUGGGAUUUUUUUUUUUUUGUUUUUUUUUACUUCCCUAAUUGUGCAGCGCAGUUGAAUAUGUUGGCGCUUUAUAAAAAGCCUGUGAUAAUGUUAAAAGCAUGGAAUUAAUAAUGAUGUACACCCAACCUACUUUUCUGCCUGCUGUUCGAAGGAAACAAAUCCUCACAUUUCUCUUCUUUUAAAAUGAAAAACUGGAUGUAUUUAGCCUCUGUGAGUGUUAUUUCAAAAUGCAAUGUGUGGCAGGACUCAGCACUCGAGUUGCGUGUCUCCAUCAAGUGUCCCUCUUUUUGAGCACUGGAUACCCAGAGUAAUUAUAGCUGUUUACUAGCCGAGACUUGCUAAAAUGGUGAAUAAGUACUGCUUUAUUUGGAGCAAGGGACACUACUUUAUUUUUUAAAUAUAUAUCACUCCAUCAGGAGGUCCAUGGCUUGAGCAAUGAAAAUCCCACUAUGGCGUUAUAGUCUGGGAGUUAACUAGAUCAGUAGCUGCUAAGUUAAUUAUCCCUCAGACAUUAGGGCACCAUUACAAUAUACCCACAAAAACAUGGCACUCCAUUGUCCAUCAACAAAUUUAAGAAGUGGCUUGUUUGUUUUCCCACAUGUGCCUUGAUCAGCCUUCUCCAACCUUUCACCUACCUACUCCUCACACCUACUUUACCUCCCUAAAACUUCCAGUUUCUUUCCCUUCCUGAUUCCACUUCUUUUCACUCCUAGCCCUCUGUUACAGAACUAUAUACCCAUCUUUCCGUCUAGUCAGUCACCUCCCUAAAAAUAUUUGGCAUGUUCAUAAAAUAUCUCUUCAUAAAAGCCUUCCUUGACCCUACAUAAUUCAAUCCCACUCAGCCCAGUUCAUCUGACCAUACAUACUCCUUAAAUUAUUCCCAAAUAAUUUCUAUUUCCCUAAAAUCCUUACCUUUACCUUCCUCUAGCUGUACUAUGAUUUGAGCUUACGUGUUCUAUGAUAAAUGUGUAACUUUAUUUGAUUUGCUAAUAGCUUUUACUAUUCUAACUAGGAGCACUUUGCACCGUGUACCCUUACUAGGCUAAAAAUGUCUGCCAGCCAUUGGUGAAUAAAAUUGACCUCUGGUUAGUGUGCCUUGGGCCCUCAAGGCUUACAGUGACAAGUACCCUUUAAAGCCUGGCUGACCGUGUAGGACUUCAAAUUUUAAGUCUUAUAUCCAAGCUUUCAGUAGGUUUGUUAUUGCGCGGUUCCAUUACUAUUUAGGUUACCGGCCCUGCUUGCAAUUUAAAAAAAAUGGCAGAACCGAGCUUCCUUACAGUCCACAAUAGACUACUUCAUAUGCCAGCGCAAACAACCAAUGACGUCGCUAGGAAGAAGGAGAGGAGGUGGAAAGCUCCCCGCCCGGCGCUGGAGAAAGGUAAGUGUUUAACCCCUUCCUCUACUCCAGAGCUCUACGGGAGGGGGUCCCUGAGGGUGGGGGCACCCUCCGGGCACUAUAGUGCCAGGAAAACGAGUAUGUUUGUUUGUUUUCCGGGCACUAUGGUGGUCCUUUAAUAAGGUCAGGACUCCAGAGAUUCCACCACCUGUGGCAAAUGAACACUAUACUUGGCUUUGAACGUUUACGACAGGAUACUCCACUCACUCCCUCCGACUUUUUCCGUUGUAUACUAAUACAAGAUUUUGCACACACCCCAGGGGUUAAGGAAGCGGCAACAAGGACAUGUUUGAACACCUCUGCAAUGACAGAAAAUACCGCAAAUACCUCAUCUCCAUUUAUAUACAUGCAUCUUAGCGAAGAACCCUCAGUGUGGGGAGACCUGACCUAUAUAGAUAAAAGGGAAGCUGAUAUAGGAGAAACCCUAGAGGGCAUAGGGUGGCAGGAAAUCUUGGAAACCGCAUCCAAGAUCUCUGUAUGCAUCCUAUCACAAGAACAAAUGUAUUGGAUAAUGUUCCGGUGGCAUGUCACCCCAGUUUUCUUACACAGAGAAGGUCGAAACCCAACAGAUUUAUGCUUAAGAAUGUGCGGCCAAAGGGAACCUGGACUUCCCCAAUCUGCACAGUUUCUGGAAGGGAAUUGGGGACCUAACCUCCAAGGUACUGCAGAUGCCUAUAACCUUGUCUCCAUGGACAUUCCUCCUAUUGCAUGCCCAGACACACAAAUAAACGACUGACUCUAAUAGCUUUGGCAGGACGGAGAGCACUGGCAGGGGCAUGGCUCAAAAUGAAAGUCCACACUAUACAAGAGGUAAUUGGGAAAAUUAAAGACAACAACAUCAUGGACAAGCUCACGGCCAAGGUGCAGAACUCAGAAUCCAAAUUCAACAGUUUGGAAGCCAUAGAUGGAUUAACUAAGGGGCCACUCAAUACUCUUUUCCCCUUUCUCUUCCUCUAUUCAUUACUGUGCCGUCCUUUGGGACACCCGCGGACUCCGGUCCAGGCAUAUCCAAGUGGAGACCGGGGGGCGCCAUGGCCAGGGGCCUCUCAGGGGAUGCCUGGGGGGGAGAGGAGGGGGUGGGCAGAACUGCAGGGGGGACAUAGAGCACUCUGCGAUGGGACCGGUGCAUCUCUUUUGGAGGCGCACCCCACAGUGGGAUAACACACAGCAAACAAGCUCACACAUCCCACUCUCCGGGGACAAUAGACAUUUAUCGUUUUACACAAACCUCACUUUCCUACGUCUAAUUCUCCCAUUCUACUUAUGUUCGUACGGUUCGUUCUACGUUAUCUAAUAAAACGAAAAAGUAUUGGAUGGCGCGUGCUUGAAUAAGGGCCUGAAAGCACAAUUAAUGUACCAUGACAUGUAACAACCGACAUCUAGUUUGUACCUGAAAAGAACAUAAUGUCGUAUCUUAUGCUGCAACGACCUGUUAUUGCCCUGUGAACAAUGUCAAACCAUUUCAUGUGCUUUCAAUACAAUAAAUAAUUAAAAAGGUAUACUUGCCCCUGCUGCACCUGUCUCCCUGCUUCCAGUCCCACCUCAUUGGCUGAGAGUCAGUCUAGAUGUUGUGAACUAAAUCUCCCAUAAUACUCUUGCAGCCAUAAUGCUGGCAAAGCAUCAAGAGAAUUGUAGUCCACAACGUUUGCCUACCCCUGCACUGGAGGUUUGUUAAGGCUGCAAUCAUUACAUUGUUGUAUCUUCUAAACUGCAGUGUUUUAGAUUGCCUAGUUAAAAUAAAGGGUCAUGCACCCAGACCACAUCAUUGAGAUGAAGUGGUUUUGGUGCCUUUAUAGUUUUACUACUAAUUGGUUUCCUGGAUGUGUUUCCCACUAAACAGGACUGUGAUGAUCUAACUUUAUUUUCACAGUUCCUGCGUGUCACAAAGCGUUAUCUCCCUCACAUCGCUCACCUCUGUCUGAUCAGCACUUUUCUCGAGGAUGGCAUUCGAAUGUGGCUACAGUGGAAUGAGCAACGGGAUUACAUCAACAUGUCCUGGAAUUGUGGGAUGUUCAUGGCAACGCUGUUUGUGAUCUUUAAUAUGUGUGGCCAGAUUGGUGAGUACUGAGCAUCACAGUCCUGGAGGCAGCUUCAGCCAGAACGGUCAUUGUGUUCACAUAGACGUCUUGGUAAAAUGUACCAAUACAAUUCUUUUCUGUUAAAGUAUAUCCCGAGCAGCCGGGGCUGGGAUCCUAGUACACAGCUCCAUUUUUAUUACAUUAUACACACUGCAACUCCCUCUGGGGUGGGAUCCUAGUAACAUCUGUAUUUAUACAGCUCCUUUCUAUUACAUUAUACACAGUGCAGCCCCCUCUGGGGUGGGAUCCUAGUAAUAUCUGUAUUUAUACAGCUCCUUUCUAUUACAUUAUACACAGCGCGGCCCCCUCUGGGGUGGGAUCUUAGUAAUAUCUGUAUUUAUACAGCUCCUUUCUAUUACAUUAUACACAGCGCGGCCCCCUCUGGGGUGGGAUCCUAGUAAUAUCUGUAUUUAUACAGCUCCUUUCUAUUACAUUAUACACAGUGCAGCCCCUUUCUGGGGUGGGAUUCUAGUAAUAUCUGUAUUUAUACAGCUCCUUUCUAUUACAUUAUACACAGCGUAGCCCCCUCUGGGAUGGGAUCCUAGUAAUAUCUGUAUUUAUACAGCUCCUUUCUAUUACAUUAUACACAGCGUAGCCCCCUCUGGGGUGGGAUCCUAGUAAUAUCUGUAUUUAUACAGCUCCUUUCUAUUACAUUAUACACAGUGCAGCCCCCUCUGGGGUGGGAUCCUAGUAAUAUCAGUAUUUAUACAGCUCCUUUCUAUUACAUUAUACACAGUGCAGCCCCCUCUGGGGUGGGAUCCUAGUAAUAUCUGUAUUUAUACAGCUCCUUUCUAUUACAUUAUACACAGCGUAGCCCCCUCUGGGGUGGGAUCCUAGUAAUAUCUGUAUUUAUACAGCUCCUUUCAAUUACAUUAUACACAGGGCACAAUGCAGCCACCCCAGCGGAAGGGUAUGAAUAGUGUAUUUCUGUUGAUACAGCUUCUUUCUAUUACAGUUUUACACAGUGCAGCUACCUCUGGGGUGGGAUCCUGAAUGUUAUCUAUGUCUCUCUUUAGUUGGCUGCGUUCUGGUCCUAACAAGAAAAUAUGUCUCUUACGCAUGUUUUGGACUCUUUGGAAUCGUCUUCAUGCAGGUGAGAGUAACCCUCAGAAUUUAAACGUUCUAAAAUACUGUGGACUUUUUGCUUUUAAUCGAUGGGGAAUCCUCUCGCAGUUGAAGGACAGCUGGAUCCCUGCUUCAGUUGACUUGGUGACCGAAUAAAUUCCUUUUGCCUUUCAGACUGUUGUAUACAACAUCCUGUGGGACGUGAAGUUCCUUAUGAGGUUAGUAUUGUCUCCUUGUGUUCCUGCUUGCAUUCCAGCUGAAUUACCUUGAACCUCCUGUGUUGAUUUGCCAAUUCCUCCCCCUCUGUCUAUUCUUAACUUCAUUUUAUCACAUCCUGCACUCUUCACAUUGUUGGGUUUAUUCAGUAAAGUAUUCAAAGUGAAUUUUAAAUUUAAGGGCAAAAUGGCUAUGCUGUCCAUUCGGCUACUCGGUCUUUUUAAAUUUGAAAUUCACUUUCAUUUCUCACUUUAGGAAGUAACUCUGUAUGUGCUGCUUGGAUUCCUUAAUUCCAAUCAUAAUCUCAGUGUAUACUGCUUUCUCCUCUUCAUUUUCCACACUCGCUUUCCUUGUUGCUCAUUACUUUUUAGUUAUUCAUUUUUUAUUUUAUUUUUUUUACUGGUUGUCAAGUGUCCCCCUACUUGUGGUACACACCCCUCGCUUGUUAUGGAUGCUCUCCUUAUUUUGUCUUUCCAUACUUCCAAGCCAUUUGUCACUCAUCUUUUAUUUUAUUUCUCACCUCCUAUAUUUUAUAAAACUUUACGGUUUGUCUCUCCCUGUUUUUAUUACCCCCUCUGCUUAGGAAUUUGGCUCUAGGUGGUGGUCUCCUGCUGCUUUUGGCAGAGUCUCGCUCUGAAGGGAAGUCAAUGUUCGCUGGAGUUCCUACCGUGGGUGGCAAUUCGCCACGUCAAUACAUGCAGCUUGGAGGACGCAUUCUACUCAUCCUAAUGUUUAUGACACUGAUUCGCUUCAACACAGAUCCUUUCACUGUAUGUACUGUGUGAUAUGAGUGUUGCUUGUUGUCUGGUGCAGACAUAGAACAGAUAGUAGGCCUGUGUGUGGUCAAUGACUGCAAGGGGGGAAAAAAUGGUGCUAGGAGAAACUGAUUUUAUUUACCUAUUGUGCUACAAAAAAAAUUUGAGACCGUGUGAGGCGUGUCUUUUCAAUGCACACCUUUGGUGUCAAACUAUGCAACGCUCUGCUCACUAAUGACACAAUAUUGCCAAAUGUAGUCUCGCAGCUGCAGUGUCUAAAUUUGCUUAAAAUUUGAUUCGGGGAUUGGAUGUGAAAAACUGUAUACAUUUACAUAUAGCUUCUUUAUACUAACCUUCUUUUCCCCACCUCAGAUUUUCCAGGACAUCUUCGGCCUGGCUUUGAUGCUCUUGGUAACUGUGGGAUUCAAAACCAAGCUUGCAGCUCUAACAUUAUUCCUGUGGCUGCUGAUCAUAAACUUGGUCCAGAAUGCUUUCUGGAAGAUACCUUCUUACCGCCCUCUUCAUGACUUCUUGAAGUAUGACUUCUUCCAGACCCUCUCUGUCAUGGGAGGCUUGCUACUUGUUGUAGCACUAGGGCCUGGAGGUGUAUCUAUGGAUGAGCAUAAGAAGAAAUGGUGAUCGUCCCAGCCUCUUCACUCAGGACAUUUUAUACAUCACUGCACCAAGCAAUGCCCGCUUGACGAGGUUCAUAAAAAAGGCUUGAUGCUGGUCUGCACAUGGUCGGCCGUUUGGGUCAAGCCUGUCUGUUCUUGGAAUGUUCCAUUGAAGAAACAGUGGGGAGGGAAUAGGUGCACUCAGAACCCACACUUUAUAUAAUCCAGACGCUUAAAAAUGAGAUUUAUUAUUUUUAUUUUUUUGUAUGCUACACAUAAAGUUAGUAAGCUCAUUCUGCACUUGUUAUUGGCAGGUAACAGGUUCAGAAAUAUCACUUCUUUGGUAAAAAUAUCUUAGAGGUUAGAUGUCAACAAAGAAACAUGAAAGUUGAACACGAUAAACAGUUUUUGGGCUGUGUCUUCCUCAGCUGAAUUCAAUCUGCCAGUAUUAACCUAACCCUUUUACCAAAAACGCUUGUGACCGGGGCACACAACCUUCAAGCUCAGAUCUUCAGGAAAUAGAUUGACCAAACUGGAAAAUGUGCAAAUCAUGGCCAAAGGAUAAAUGCAGAUAGAAACUAGGUAUGAAUGUGAGGAUUCUUUUUAAAAAAAAAAAAAAAAAAAAGUGAUAACGGUGAUCAUGAUUGCGUCUAUUGAACUCUUUUCCAUGAUUAUUAAAAUAUAUUGCAUUCAUAUUUGUGCUUAACAAAUAUUGUACAAUAUCAUUCACACACAGGUUUCUGUUGAGCUGAAACACAAGCAAUAAUUUGUUCAAACCUUUGUCAUCUACACUUGCAUUCUGAUUUUGAAAAUACAUUUAAGGUGAGAUUUAGUAAUCAGGGAAAUGAAGGAGAGGUGAAACUCUUAGUUGAUAAAGUGACAAAUCUUUUACAUGGUGAAUAAGAGGCUCAGAAGACUGUUUGCUGUAGUGCCAGAUUCUGGUGAUCACUGAAUAAUAAUCACAGUCUUCAGGUGUGGCGGUAAAUGGAAAACUGAAUUAUGACAUUUGCACAAAGUUAGCCAAGAUAUGACAAAAGCUAAUAGGAUUAUUCACUAAAGUGAGAAAGUUCAUUUCAAAUUUAAGAUUAAAAUAGCCAAACUGGAGUAACUUGCUAAAUCAGUGAUAUAUUCUGUUCAGCUACACCUGCCGUGAACUUGAAAUUCACUUAGGAUUCUCAAUUUGGUGAAGAACCCUGUUAGUUGAAUUGGGUAUCCAAUUCACUGUUAAAGGACCACUAUAGUGCCCUGAGGGUGCCCCUACCCUCAGGGUCCCUCUCCCACCGGGCUCUGGGAGAGGAAGGGGUUAAAAUCUUACCUUUCUCCAGCACCGGGCGGGGAGCUCUCCUCCAUAGCGAUGUCAUCGGCUGAAUGCGCAUGCGCGGCAUGAGCCGUGCGCGCGCAUUCAGCCAGUUCAUAGG